UUGGAAGAUCGAAAAUCAUUCAUUGGAUGUACACCUGCUGUUAGAAUCAACUCUCUCAAGUCUCUCACCCUUGAUUAGUUGAUUCCUUUCCAACUCUGCGCAUAAACUUAUACUCCGUGCCAAAGUUUUGUCAGCGUUAAAACAUUUCUGCGUUCCCUUCCUGUCGCUGGUGUAAGUGAAAAAUAAGAUGGCGUUUGCAUCAGUAGCAGCAGUUGCACCAUUAGUUGCAGGGAACGGCAUGAAAAUGGCAACAACGCAAGCAUAUCUUGAAAGCAAGCCAGUUCAAGAGGCGAAGGCUUUACUCACUGAACUCUGCCGCCAAUUCUAUCAUCUUGGUUGGGUUGGUGGCACUGGUGGCAGCAUCACUCUCAAAGUUCACGAUGAUUCCAUCCCUAAGCCCCACCAAAUCAUCAUUAUGUCUCCUUCUGGAGUCCAGAAGGAAAGAAUGCUUUCGGAGGAUAUGUAUGUGCUUUCCCCAGAUGGCUCCACAGUAUCUGCGCCAAGUCCUAAACCAUACCCCCAUAAGCCACCUAAAUGUUCUGAUUGUGGUCCUCUCUUCAUGAAGGCGUACCAGAUGCGUAAUGCCGGAGCUGUCAUACACAGCCAUGGGAUGGAAAGUUGUCUAGUAACAAUGAUGAAUCCUACAUCAAAAGAGUUCCGAAUCACUCAUAUGGAAAUGAUAAAAGGUAUUCAAGGCCAUGGUUAUUAUGAUGAACUUGUAGUUCCAAUCAUAGAAAAUUCAGCUCAUGAACGGGAUCUCACAGACUCUCUAGCUGCAGCUAUGGAAGCAUAUCCCAAAACUACUGCUGUACUUGUUCGGAACCAUGGCAUCUAUGUGUGGGGAGACUCCUGGAUUAGUGCGAAGACACAGGCUGAAUGUUACCACUAUCUGUUUGAUGCUGCCAUCAAACUUAAUCAAAUGGGUCUGGACUGGUCUACUCCCACCCAUGGUCCUAUAAAGAGGAUUCAAGGACUUUCCAGAAGUGGUGAAGGAGCUGUAUCUGCUAAGGUUGGGACUUCUGGGUUCAACCCCGGGGAGCCAAUGCCACGUUGCAUUGUUCUUGACAUUGAAGGGACCACAACUCCAAUAUCUUUUGUUACUGAUGUUCUUUUUCCUUAUGCUCGUGAUAAUGUUGGGAGACAUUUGAGCUCUACUUAUGAUUCUCCAGAAACUCAAGAUGAUAUUAAGCUACUGCGUGCUCAAGUUCAAGAAGAUCUUGAAGCAGGCAUUGUAGGUGUUGUUCCAGUUCCUUCCAAUGAUGAGGGUAAAGAGGAGGUAGUUGCUGCUUUGGUUGCAAAUGUUGAAGCUAUGAUAAAAGCUGACAGGAAAAUUACUGCAUUAAAGCAGCUACAGGGUCACGUGUGGAGAACUGGAUUCCUGAAUAAUGAACUUGAGGGUGUAGUUUUUGAGGAUGUACCAGAAGCUCUCAAAAGGUGGCACUCUUCAGGCAUUAAAGUUUAUAUCUAUUCCAGUGGCAGCAGGCUCGCACAAAGGCUUAUAUUUGGAAACACCAAAUACGGGGAUCUAAGGAAAUAUUUAUGUGGAUUUUUUGAUACCGCAGUUGGGAACAAGAGAGAAACCCGAAGUUAUGUGGAGAUCUUUCAGUCAAUGGGGGUAGAUAACCCGUCUGAAAUUCUAUUUGUAACAGAUGUCUAUCAGGAAGCUACAGCAGCAAAGGCAGCUGGUCUUGAAGUUAUAAUUUCAGUGCGGCCUGGAAAUGGACCUCUUCCAGAGAAUCACGGGUUCAAGACAGUGAAUUCAUUUUCAGAAAUAUAAAGACAUCAACAACUUGUGUAAAUUAGGUCCUGUAAUCUUUCUACGAAUAAAUUCUCAUUACUGUAAUUCCAUAUCAUUUACGGGAUGGACCAUGAGCGCAUCAAGAUGUGUUUUCGACCUUGUGAUUUGUGAAUGAAUUUUAGAAAUUUAAAAGGUAUUUUACACAUCAAACAGUCAGUCUUGUAUUUAGAGUUAUAAGAAAAACUAUCAUAACUUUGGACUUGGUUGUAUCUCUAUUCUCUAGUGUUUCAGUUUGUUGUAAGAAAUUAUACAGAUCGCACGAGGCGUCAGAGGCCAUGGAUGAGACGUGAUGGUACAUAACUACAUAUCCUUGUGAAAACCUAUUAUGAUUGCAUUGGUUCCUAAUAAUUUAUUUUAUUUGCCCUUUUCUA